CCUUGGUUGCAGUGCAGAGCUUGGAUGGAUAGAUGGAUUGAUAGAUUGAUAGAUAGAUGGACCUGAAGAACAGCAAGAAAAUGGAAAUGGAAGCGACAAGCGUGGAAAGCGUCGGAUGCUGUGGAAUGUGCUGCGGAAUGCUGGAGCAAGAAAAAGAUAGCGUGCACCGCCCAGGCCCAGGCAUGAACGUAGGCAUGGAGUGGUUAUGGAACUAGCGAGCAAGAAAGGCUACAGCAAUUCGAAGCACGAAAAAGUGAUUGUCCUGUGGCUGCUGCUGCUGCUGCUGCUGUCGAGGAGUGCUAUAGACGGCUCUCGUGGAGGUGUCGUCUUCAGGCAUUGAAAAUAGAAGAGACCGGCCGUUGCUCCUGUCAUUUCCAGAGAGCACGAGAGAGAGAGAGAGAGAGAGGGAGGGAGGUACGCAGCAGCAGAAGGCGCUUGUCAUUUGGCAGGACGACGGUGGCUGGGCAGGCAAGGGCAAGGGACGUACGGGCAGGGGGGAGGGGGAGGGGGAGGGAUCGGGUAGAGUAUUAUCCGACGGAGGCACGAGGCUUUUGACUGGUAGGCAGCGUCGGAGAGAGGCCCAAUUGGGUCGAGGACGAGAGAGGUCGCGAAAAUGAUUGAGUUCCGGCCGGAGAGAGGGUGGCUCGGAUGGCUGGCCGAUGGGGUCAGAGGAUGCUGCAGCACCUGCCUGAUUCUGGCCUUCGUCUUGGUGUUGGGCUGCUUCGGGUAUUUGUGAUCCAAUUGGCGAAUCUUGAUCGCUCGCGCGAGAGGUAGAGAGGCAGAGAAGCAGAGAGAGAGAGAGAGGAGGGAGAGGAAGAGGAGAAAGCGAGCGAGGCGUGGAAUAUGUCGCUCGCAUUGUCACGAGCAGUGUCAUCGUCGUCGUCGUUGUUGUCGUCUCCGUCGCUCUUGUUCGAAAGCAAGUCCAAUUUUGCUGCGGGCGGUGCGAGAAUCGGUCGCAGCAGCGGCAGCAUUUUAGCGCAGGUUUCCCCUCUGUCAUGUCGCUCUCGGUGCGCAAGCCCACUCGCUGCACGACGGUUCCUGCUGCCUUCCAAUACUGCGCGUAUCACGCUGUCGUCACACCGGGCCCUGGAGUGUGCUGCAAGCCUCGGGUAUGGGCUUAGCGGCUUAUGGGGCGAGACGACCAGGAGGAGUACGGGCGGCAGCAGAAGCAGGGGUGGUGAGAGUGGCCGGACGAGGAACAAGAGGAAUGUUGCAAUCGAAGCGAGCCUGUCUGAAGGCGCCAAGGUCAUAAUGGACGGGAUUCAAUGGGGCUGGACUGCCGACCCGCCCACUUGGGAUGCUGCUUUCAUCGCGAUUGGUACAAUUUUCGUUCUGGCUGCUCCCCUUCUGUGGGUGGGACUCACGGUGCCAGGAAUGUUCAGUGCCUACAUUCUUGGCUCAAUCAUAUGGCGAGCAUAUGGAGGACAGGGUCUUUUGACGAUCGUCCUCUUCUACAUCAUCGGAACAGGCGCAACCAAGCUUAAAUUGAAGCAGAAGCAGAAAGAGGGAAUUGCCGAACAAAGGAGUGGUAGGAGAGGACCUGGCAGCGUGUGGGGUUCUGGCACAGCAGGGGCCUUGUGUGCUCUAUGUACCAUUUUUGCAGUGGGUGGUCCAGAAAUUGCUCCUUUGUGGCAAUUAGGAUACCUGGCUAGUUUGUGUACGAAAUUGAGUGAUACCAUUUCAAGCGAAAUUGGAAAAGCUUAUGGCAAAACGACAUACCUUGUGACGUCUUUCUCUAUCGUACCCCGAGGUACAGAAGGUGCGGUUAGUCUGGAGGGCACUCUUGCUGGUCUCUUCGCUGCCGUAUUCCUGGCUGCAGCCUCGUAUGCUCUGAAUCAGGUUGACGCCACGGGCGCAAUUAUUGCCAUCCUGGCUUCGCAGAUUGCUAACCUUUUCGAGAGUGUAUUGGGGGCUACUCUGCAAGGUCGAGCCGGCUUUGAGUGGCUGUCUAACGAUCUGGUGAACGUGGCCAACAUUACAAUCGGAGCGACCGUGGCUAUCUUCGCUCAAAAACUUCUUUCAGGCUGAUCUUAUAGCCUUAAAAGAAGUACGAGUCUCGUAGCGUCAAUCGAUGGUGCUGAUAGGAUAUUCCAAGAAUGAAGCUCUGAGCUGGUCGUAGAAGAAUUCGAUGGGUUUGUACAAAGUAAUAAGAAAUUGGGUUUAGAAUAAGUGUGUACUGUUUGUACAGUUGACGCUUCACGGAGUCUCUGUAUAUAUUGACAGAUCGUUACAAUCCGAACUAGUUCUGGCCAUUUUUCUCGCUGUGGACCUCAUAGAGCUCGCCAUAACCUGUUGAAAGCUGGAUUGAAGGAAAACUGCAUGCGUGUGCUAGAUGGACGGAAAUAGUUUGUGGUUCUUUUAUUAAGAGUUGUAACAGUAACGAAGAAUGUCAUCGGCAACGAGCUAGUGAUUUGUGAUACUAGGAUAGCAUCUAGUGUUCAGUAGUACUGUAUCGGGAUAAAAUACACAAAUAACAAUCUUCUACAAUGUGCGAAUUCUAACACCUCUGUUUUGUUGUCAUUUAUUUAAUAUUCAAAAUAAGAGAGCUAAAAGGAUACCUCCUCAUCCUCCUACAAAACACACAUCUUUGUACACUUCAAU